AUGACAACUUUGCCACCUGUGCAGAUAGAAUAUUCAAAGCUUGCCCGCUUAACAAGAAAGAGGACAACAUGUUCCCCAGCAGGCCUCACAAGGGCUCAAUUGAUAAAAAUUAAAGAUGAGACAGAUAAGUAUCUGGAACUGAAAUGGAAAGGGUUGACAAAAGAAGAAGCAGCUGCCUACCGGAAUUCAUACAAGAAGAACAUUUGUAUAGACAUGCUACAACAUGGCCAUCAUAAAUCUUUCUGUGAGCUCUUCGCCCUCCUCAAGAAGUGGCACGCCUUGAGGGAAGCCGGAGGGAUUCGGUCGAUCUUCUGGAUGCAGACUCCCCUGGAGGAGCUGCCUGAAAAACUGGACCAACUGUACUACUUCCUGACCAAGGCUGAGGAUGCUGAGCUCACAGAUCACUAUGAAGAAAUGUACAAUAACCUAUAUGCUUUGGCCUGUUACUUCAACAACCCAGAUGACAAGUGGUUGAGGAAUUACUUUUAUGAACGAUGCUUUAAUAUUGCUAAAAUGAUCAAGGCCGAUGGUGGGAGAAAGGAAGCGGAAGCCUACUCACACAUGGGUCUUCUCUAUGAGGAAAAUGGUCAGCUUGAAGAAGCUGCUGAGCGUUAUGAAACCUUCCAUGAAAUGACGGUGGGAAGGUUAUGGCAAGAUGCAAAAGGCCAUACUCUCAACUACAUGGCCUGUGAAAAUCUCCGGAGGAUUUACACCAUGCUAGCAGAAAGAAUGUUGAAUGACAAACAAUACAAAAAAGCCAUCAGGACUCUACUGAAAGCUUGUGAAAAAGCCAAAGAAGGGGGCGACAAAAAGAUGGAAGGAGAAGCCGCCUUUGCUUUAGGCUUAGCGUAUCAUGCAGCUGGAGAGUUCGAAUUGGCAAAAUCAGCUCUCAACAUCUUCUCAGAUAUCUCCAUAAGCCUAGAUGAUGCUGUUGGCCUAAGUAGGGCCUAUGAAGCCAUAGCAAAGGUUCUGGUAAGCCAAGGAAACAUGAUGGAAGCCCUUGCUUUCUUGGAAAAAGUUGUGGAAAUUGCAAAAAAUACUUACCAAAGAAGAAGAGUGGUAGAAGCCUGUACAUUGCUUGGGGACAUUUACAAUGCAAAAGGAUUUUAUACAGAAGCCUGUGAGUUCUUUAAGCAAGCUUUUGAUACAACCACUGAGUUUAUGGAUAUCCCGUUGGUGGAUGAGACCAAAGUCCACUAUGGAAUUGCCAAGGCUCACCAGAUGAUGAUAACAGUUAACAGUUACAUAGAAUCUGCUGACUUCAACAGCCUCAGUCACCUUCUGAACUGGAAGGAGAACCGAAGUAACAUUGUCCCAGAAUCCACUCUUGCCACUGCUGCUGACUCCGUCACCCCCAAAGCCUGCUGCUGGUUUGCACUAGCCAUGACCUGCUACUGGCUUCCAGUGGGGGAGCUGGGACCUCACUGCUGGCUUGCGCUGAGGCUCAUGGUCUCACUGCUGGCUUUUACCUGGGCUCGGGGCCUCAGUGCUGGCUUCUACCAGGGCUCAGGGCCUUGA